UAGCCUGUCCCCCCACCCACCCACACAUAUACGCACUCCUCUCUCUCUCUUAACAGUCCAAAAGCCACCAAAGCAUUGGCCUUUUUUCGCCUUUUGCUUCUGUGUUUCCUAUGCAAUUGUCUAUGUCUGUUGCUUCUGCUCCCUCUUCUCAGUACCUGCAAAUGGGAGAGGAAUCAUACUUUGAAUUUCUUGUUAUUAUUUGAUACCCUCCUUUUCUUUUUUUUCAUUUCUUUUUUUUUUCUUCACUAUCUUUUUAGCCUACUGGCUUAGCAUCCAUCCAAACACUACUUUCUUGUUGUUUUCUGUUCAUCUCCUUUCACUUCUCUCCUGUUUUUAGCUUUAUUGGUAUCCAUUCAGGAUAUGUUUUCAGCAUUCUUUACCAUGAUUUGACCUCAUUUCCAGUUUUCUACAGCUCUGGUCUUCUUGUCACCUUAUUGCCAAUUGAUCACUCCGUGCCAUUCCCCUUUCUUGUUUUAGUUCUGUUGGGAAGCAUAGCAAUAGGACACUUGAGUAACCCCUGGGUUGUUCAUGGAAAUUGAUCUGAACCAAACAGCCAGUGAGGUGGGGAAGAAUGCAUAUUGCUAUGGAAAUUGUGAAGAGGGUCUUUGCAAUUGUUGUUUAUCCUCCUCAACUUCUUCUUGUUCCUCAAAUUCAUCGUCAACUCCCGUCUCUUCUUCAACCUAUUUGGAGCUUUGGCAUGCUUGUGCUGGUCCUCUCACCUCAUUGCCCAAGAAAGGAAAUGUAGUUGUCUAUUUCCCACAAGGUCACUUGGAGCAAAUUGCCUCGGCGUCUCCCUUUUCCCCCAUGGAGAUGCGCACUUUUGACCUUCAGCCACAUAUCCUCUGCAGGGUCAUCAAUGUUCACCUACUCGCCAAUAAGGAGAAUGAUGAGGUCUAUACGCAACUUACUCUCCGUCCCUUGCCAGAGUUAUUAGGCACUGGUGUAGCGGGCAAAGAGCUGGAGGAGUUGGCGUUGAAUGGAGCUGAUGGAGAUGGGAGCGGGGGGUCGCCUACUAGAUCUACACCUCACAUGUUCUGCAAAACACUUACAGCGUCUGACACCAGCACCCAUGGAGGAUUCUCUGUUCCUCGCAGAGCUGCUGAAGACUGUUUCCCUCCUCUGGAUUACACUCAGCUUAGGCCGUCUCAAGAGCUAAUAGCCAAGGACCUGCAUGGCGUGGAGUGGAGAUUUAGACAUAUUUACAGAGGUCAACCUAGGCGGCAUCUGCUCACUACUGGAUGGAGUAUUUUUGUAAGCCAAAAGAAUCUUAUUUCUGGUGAUGCAGUGCUCUUUUUAAGGGGUGAGAAUGGAGAGUUAAGAUUGGGAAUAAGGCGAGCUGUUCGGCCUAGAAAUGGUCUUCCUGAUUCAAUUGUUGGCAACCAAAAUUCUUGUGCAAAUGAUCUUGCUCGUGUGGUGAAAGCAAUAUCCACCAAGAGCACAUUUGAUGUGUUUUAUAAUCCAAGGGCAUAUCAUGCACAAUUUAUUAUAUCUUGUCAGAAGUAUGUGAAGAGCAUCAAUAAUCCAGUGAGUGUAGGCACAAGAUUCAAAAUGAGAUUUGAGAUGGAUGAUUCACCAGAAAGAAGGUUUAAUGGUGUAGUUGUUGGAAUUAGUGACAUGGAUUCCUUUAGAUGGCCGAACUCAAAAUGGAGAUGCUUAACGGUCCGAUGGGAUAAAGACAGUGAUCAUCAAGAACGUGUGUCACCCUGGGAGAUCGAUCCUUCUGUUUCUCUUCCGCCUUUGAGUGUUCAGUCUUCUCCAAGGCUGAAGAAACUGAGGACUAGUCUGCAGGCAGCCCCGCCUAACAACGCCUUUACUGGGAGGGGCGGUUUUAUGGACUUUGAGGAUUCAGUUAGAUCCUCUAAGGUCUUGCAAGGUCAAGAAAAUGUAGGUAUUGUAUCACCCUUUUAUGGAUGUGAUACUGUGAAACGUUCACUGGAGUUUGAUGUGCGAUCUUCUGCACAACAAAACCAAGUGUCAGGUGGAGUUGAAAAACUCAAUAUAGCUGAUUAUGUAAAGGUUCAUGCGAACUCUUCUUUCACAGGCUUUAUGGAAUCUGAUAGAUUUCUGAAGGUCUUGCAAGGUCAAGAAAUAUGCUCAUUGAGGCCACCAACUAGUAAACCAGAAUAUAGUUUAGGUGUUUGGGGAAAGUUCAAUCUUAGUGACAACUCUUUUAACACAUUUCAAUCACCAAACUCCAAUUUUUAUCACAUGGCGUCUAACAGCGCCCAAAAGAUGUAUUUCCCUCGUAGUGAGAUGCACAGUACUGGCCAAGCGGCCAUGAUGCUCUCAAAUGAUAGCAACUUUCCAAGAGAGAGUGCCUUGUUCAACCCAUCUGCUGUUGGUGCUAAUGUUAUCAGGACUAAAAUGGAAAGGACUAGUCGUUCUCUUGAUCGGGAAUCUCUACAUCUGGCAUCUGCUCCUCCAACUUUAGGGUCGAAUAUGCGGAAUUCCAAGGAUGAACAUGUGAAUGAUAAUGCAACUGGCUGUAAACUUUUUGGCUUUUCCUUGACUACGGAAACUGCUACAAACGUGCAAAGUUCAGGAAAGAGAAGUUGUACCAAAGUUCACAAACAAGGCAGCUUGGUGGGAAGAGCUAUCGAUCUCUCUAGGCUGAAUGGCUAUACUGAUCUGAUUUCUGAACUGGAGCGGCUGUUUAGCAUGGAAGGUCUCUUAAAAGAUCCCGAUAAAGGAUGGCGAGUUUUGUACACAGACAACGAGAACGAUGUAAUGGUUGUUGGGGAUUAUCCAUGGCAUGACUUCUGUGAUGCGGUUUCGAAAAUCCACAUAUACACUCAAGAAGAAGUGGAAAAGAUGACAAAUGGAGUGAUCAGCGAUGAUACUCAAAGCUGCUUAGACCAGGCUCCUUUAUGUAUGGAAGCAUCAAAAUCCUCUUCAGUGGGCCAACCUGAUUCUCCUCCAACGGCAGUAAGAGGUUAAUUAAUAAUCAAGAUUGAGUGUUUUUCCCAUAUUUCCUUAGAAGCAUGUAUUUUCAAUAUCUAUCGCUUCAUAUGUCAAGCUCGAAGUUGGUAGCUUGGCUGGCUGCCAUGAACGGCGUCAUGUAGCUUCGUGUCUCUCUGCCAUAUAGGUUAGAAUCUGUUUCAAAUCUGUGCUUUUCUAAUGGACUGUUUGUGUAAUUCUACUCAUCUUUUAAGCUGUGUGAAAUGGUAUGAUAUUGAAGAUUCUGAACUUUGUAGAAAAGAAUAAAUUUGUUCAGCAGCUGCUUGUAAUUGGAAUCAGAGAUCAUGUAGAUUUGGUUUUUUGUAAGAUAGUUCAUGGAGUUGGUUUGCUGUUUGAAAGCCACUAA